CGGCCAACAGCCCGCAGCAUGGAUUCGGAUUCCGGCGAUCAGAGUGAGGGCGAGCCCGUGACCGCAGCAGGUCCUGAUGUUUUCAGUUCAAAGAGCCUUGCUCUUCAAGCCCAGAAGAAGAUUUUAAGUAAAAUAGCUAGUAAAACUGUGGCCAACAUGUUGAUUGACGACACCAGCAGUGAGAUCUUUGAUGAGCUCUACAAAGUCACCAAAGAGCACACCCACAACAAGAAGGAAGCUCACAAGAUCAUGAAAGACUUAAUCAAAGUAGCAAUCAAAAUUGGGAUCCUCUACCGGAACAACCAGUUCAACCAGGAGGAGGUUGCUAUCGUGGAGAAAUUCAGGAAGAAACUGAACCAGACCGCCAUGACCAUUGUCAGCUUCUAUGAGGUGGAGUAUACCUUUGAUAGGAACGUGCUCUCCAAACUUCUGCAUGAGUGCAAGGAUCUGGUGCAUGAACUGGUGCAGCGACACCUGACGCCCAGGACCCACGGGCGCAUCAACCACGUCUUCAACCACUUUGCCGAUGUGGAGUUCCUCUCCACCCUCUAUAGUCUGGAGGGAGACUGUAGGCCCAACCUCAAGAGGAUUUGUGAUGGAAUCAAUAAAUUGAUAGAUGAGAAAAUCCUUUGAAUGCCUUCCCUCCUUCUGGAAUUUGCUGC